CGUGCCGCUUCCUCGCUGCGUUUCUCUUCCACCCAAAACCAACAAACUCUGAAUUUACUCUAAAUAUGCCUAAAAGCGUCUGUUGUCACACGCCUCGGGUUACAAUGUUUGACCAACACAGGAUAGGAGCCAAUCUAUAGCCAACGGGUUCCCGAGGACUUGAUUAUAGUCGCUUGAAGCCUGAUAGUUUGUCCGGCCGCGUAGUCGACUGGCAUCUCUUCUAACUACGUCCCCCAUUGGGUGAAGAAGACUACCUACUUGGUCAGCUUUGCCCAGUGUUUCCUGUUCCUCCCUGCAGCAGUUGCGCCUCCUUGGAUUUGAAUUGCUUUGUAUUAGGCAAAUCUUUGAAAAUUUAUCAAGAUGACUCCAAACGGAUAUUUGAUCUUCGAGGAUGAGAGUUUCCUGGACUCCACCGUGGCCAAAAUGAAUGCUCUGAGAAAGAGUGGUCAGUUCUGCGACGUUAGACUUCAGGUGCGUGGUCAUGAACUGAUGGCUCACCGCGCGGUCCUGGCCUGCUGCAGCCCGUACCUCUUUGAGAUCUUCAACAGUGACCUGGAGCCUCACGGAGUCUCCCAUGUCACGUUUGAAGACCUGGACCCAGAGGCUGUGGAGGUGUUGCUCAACUACGCCUACACUGCUCAGCUGAAGGCGGACAGAGACCUGGUAAAAGAUGUGUACUCUGCAGCCAGGAGGUUUAAGAUGGAGCGUGUCAAACAGAUUUGUGGUGACUACCUGCUGUCUAAGAUGGAUUCCCAGAAUGCCAUUUCCUUCCGUAACUUUGCCAGCUCCAUGGGAGAUGCCAGAGUUUUGGCCAAAGUGGACGCCUACAUCCAGGACCAUCUACUGGAAGUGUCUGAACAGGAGGACUUCCUUAAGCUUCCCCGCCUCAAGUUAGAAGUAAUGCUAGAAGACAACCUGGCCCUGCCCAGCAAUGGAAAACUGUACUCGAAGGUGCUGAGCUGGGUGCAGAGGAGCCUGUGGGAGAACGGAGACCAACUGGAGCGCUUGAUGGAGGAGGUGCAAACGCUGUACUACUCACCUGACCAUAAGCUGGUGGACGGAGGGCUGCUGAUUGAGGGCCACAGUGAGGUGUUUGGUGGGGACGAGGACCACCUUCAGUUUGUGCAGAAGAAGCCUGUACGUGAGAGCACCCAGAGACAGAUGAGCUGCAGCUCCACUGGAAGCCUGUCGCCCUCCAACCAGGCGGCGAACGCACCAAAGCAGUCAGCAAGGAGAGAGUGGAAGUACAUCGCCUCAGAGAAGACCACAAACAACACGUACCUAUGCCUGGCGGUGCUGGAUGGAGUGCUAUGUGUGAUCUUCCUGCAUGGCCGCAGCAGCCCUCAGACAUCCCCCUCAGCUACUCCCUGUCUGCUCAAGAGCCUGAGCUUUGAGAACCAACCUGAGGACCUGGAUGAGCACCCACUGUCCCCCAUGCAGUACGCUCGCUCCGGGCUUGGCAUCGCGCCGCUCAAUGGCAAACUCAUCGCAGCAGGAGGAUACAACCGAGAGGAGUGUCUGAGGACUGUGGAGUGUUAUGAUCCGGCAGAAGACAACUGGACUUUCAUCGCCCCCAUGAGGACUCCCCGGGCUCGUUUUCAGAUGGCUGUGCUGAUGGGUCAGCUUUACGUGAUUGGAGGAUCAAAUGGACAUUCUGAUGAGCUUAGCUGUGGAGAGACCUACGAUCCACACGCUGAUGAGUGGGUGCAAGUGCCAGAGCUCAGGACAAACCGGUGCAAUGCAGGUGUCUGCUCCUUGAACAACAAACUGUAUGUGGUGGGAGGUUCUGAUCCUUGUGGGCAGAAAGGCCUGAAGAACUGUGAUGCUUUUGACCCUGUGUCCAAAACUUGGUCCAACUGUGCUUCUCUUAACAUCAGGAGGCACCAGGCAGCUGUGUGUGAGCUGGAGGGCUUCUUGUAUGUGAUUGGAGGAGCAGAGUCGUGGAACUGUCUGAACAGUGUGGAGCGUUACAACCCAGAGAAUAACACCUGGACCCUGGUUGCCCCCAUGAACGUGGCUCGCAGGGGGGCUGGAGUCGCUGUCCACGCAGGUAAACUGUUUGUGGUUGGCGGCUUCGAUGGCUCCCACGCGCUGCGCUGUGUGGAGGUGUACGACCCAGUGCGUAAUGAGUGGAGGAUGCUGGGUAGUAUGACCAUCUCUCGCAGUAACGCUGGAGUGACCAUGCUCGGGAACUCCAUCUACGCUGUGGGCGGCUUCGACGGAAACGACUUCCUCAAAACCAUCGAGGUCUACAACCCGGAGAUGGAUGAGUGGAAUGACUGCACCACAGCGCCCUCCCCUGUGUCGGAGUGAGGGGGUGCGGCCUGGGGGCGGAGCUUCACAGUACUUCACCGUUUUCCAAACUAACAGGCUUAGUGACGUAAUCGUGUUUGUGAUGUCCUGUGUGUGAGCGGGUAUGUGUGGGGAGGGGGCUAUGGACAGAGGGGUCUUCAGUGAAGACUGACUUAUAUUAGGGGAGGGGAGGGAGGGGGGUGUUGCCCAUAGCAACAUGACGCCUUUGCAUAUUGCAUACAAUGUUUUUGUGCUGUACAUAUUUUGUUUCUUCUCAUUUUGUCGUAUGCCAACAUUGAAUACACAGUGCUUUUUCUUCUCCUAGAUGAGUUGAAAGGGUUGUCACUUAGAAGGUUUUAGACAAGCGAUUAAUAUUGGGUCAUUUGGAUGGCCUGAAGUGAUGAUUGACUUGAAAGUUAUUUAAAUAUAUUUGUUUCUAAAAUAAUUUUACUCGAUGAUAGGUCAGCGGUUGAAGCCUUACUCAGAGUGUGAGUGGAGAAACACCAGUCAUGGCUUUGUCAUUUUAACUACAGCUGAUGUGCUAUUUCUGAAUCUUAAAUGGCCUUUUAUAUUUUUAUACACUGCUUAUUUACAAAUAAAAGUAGUAGCAGACAGCUUUAAGUCCAGUUUAACUAGUGCCAGAUUUGAGUAAAUUUUGUGCACAGAUCACAUUCGCACAAUGCUUCUGCUAACCAAACCUUUGUUAUUGUGAUAUGACAUUGAUGUCCGUUGUGCAAUUUACUGGAAAUCCUCUGUUCAAACUCAAGACACUUUUAUGGAAGUAAUAUUAGAGCAAAUGAUCACAUUUGUAACAUUUCUUAUUGAAUAAACCAUUUAAUUCAGA